CUUUUCGCGAAAAUAAAAUAGCUGUGUUAUUUGGUUCUACUAUAUACUGUACUCUGAAUAGCUCUAAUUUUCAACAUCGCUUCCAAUAAUUUAAACACUCUCUUUUUAAUAUCUUUCUUCUCUACCAAACAUCUCCAGCUCACAUCCAUGGAUACUUCUACAGGGAGAAAAUUUGUGGAGCAAGGGAAGUUUGUGUUGAAGGCCGGUCUCACGGACAAGGCAUGGAGUAAAAUCACAAUCCAUGGAAAUGAAGUUUCAGGUCUAGAAUUCAAGACUUACCAUGAAGGCAUAUAUACAAUUGUGGUUUUCGUGGCACCGAGUUGUCCUUUAGAUUCUGGUCCUCCCACUCCUCUAUCUGGGCCACAAGCUCAGAAUCCGUUUUAUUUUCUAUGUUCUGAGAAGAUCUCCUCAUUCUCCCUUCACACACCUGCGUACAAUCUCUUUGUCUCUGCCAAGGAAGAUCUCACUCACCUCAAAUCAGACUUGACUAAGUUGCUCGAGUCUAAGAAACAAGUGAUCAUAACUGGAGCUGCGUUAGGAGGAUCGGUUGCAUCUCUCUUUACGCUAUGGCUUCUAGACACAGUCGAUCCAAAACUAAAACGUCCCUUGUGCAUCACGUUUGGCUCUCCUUUACUUGGAGACGCAUCUCUGCAACAGAUUCUUGAGAACUCCUUGAGGAACUCAUGUUUCCUUCACGUGGCUGACGCUGCACAAACUCCCAUUCAGGCAGGUUUCAAGCCUUUUGGAACGUUCUUGAUAUAUGUUGGCGACCAAUGCAUUUGCAUCGAUGAUCCUGAGACUGUCAUGGAGUUGCUAAGCGGUGUUAAUGAUGAUGGUGUUUUCAGCCGUAUGGUUGAACGUGCUGAGAACAAGAAGCGGCGUUUUGAUCCGCUUAAGAAGCUAAACCACAUGAAGAUAGAAAUGAUGUAUUUAGAGUGGUACAUAAAGGGAUGCAAGAGGGCCAAUAUGGGUUUCUACGAUUGGUAUAAGACACCUAUUUCAGGAGAAGUCAAAGAGAAGACUAAGGAGCGCAUAACAGAGCUAAAUCAGUACUGGGCAUCAGUGGUUGAAGAAGUGGAGAAGAUGCCUCAGGGCGAAGACUCACUUCUCAAGACCCGGUCUCUCUACUCCGCAAACAACUACAGACGGAUGGUCGAGCCACUCGUCAUUGCCGAGUAUUACCGGGAUGGUAAGAGAGAGUAUCGAACUAGAAGGUCUCGCCACUUUGUUAUGCUCGAGAAAUUGUUUAAGGAGAAACAGAUAGAUCCGGCUAAGUUGGAAAAGAGAGACCUCACUUAUCUUUUGACGUUUGAUUCUUGUUUCUGGGCUGAUGUUGAGGAAGCUUUGCUUCUAACCAAUUCACAAGUGGUGGUGAGUAGAGAGGUGGUUUUGGAGAAACUCAUCAAGUUUGAAGAAGACGUGUGGGAGACGAUCAAAAAGGGUGAGGUUUCGCCGGAGAUUUUCUUGGAGAAAAGCAGUUUCAUGAAGUGGUGGAGAGAGUACAUGAAGAUCAAAGGCUCACCUUCCGAGUACAAAAAGAUCAAAGGCUCACCUUCCAACUUCACCGAGUUUAUGAUCAGUGGGGAGUACAAGACUUAUGGUCAAGCCAGCUGA